UAAAGACUAAACAUACAGUUGUUACUGGUGAAAAAGAAAAAGAAGCAAGUAGACAUGCUGAACAAUUACAUGAUCUUACGGAAAAACAACUCAAAGAAUUACAAGAUUUAGAAAGCUCAAAUAAUCAAAAACUAAUGUUAGAAUAUGAAAAAUAUCAAGAUCUUCAAGCUAAAACUCAAAAAACUCAAGAAGAUUAUGAAAGACAAUUAACGGAAUUAGAAAAUCGUAAAGAAGAAGAAGUUUCACAACAGCGUUUGCAAUUUACAGCUCAACUUGAAAGAAUUAAAAAUGAACUUAUUCUCGUACGUUUCUUCAUAUAUAUACUAUUAAGGAUAGAACUCAAACUAAUGUCCGCAUUAACUCAAAAAUAUAUCAUAGAUAAUAAAGAGAGUCAAUUGAAUCUAAAUAGUGAGACCGGCAAAAUUUGCCCCGCGCUCAUGCUCACGCCUAUGCUACCUCUCGAGGUACACGCUCCUACCCCAUCCCGAUGUUUGGAAAGUGGUGCAGGAAUACAAAAGAAACUUGUUGGUAUGCAACGCGCGUAGGCGUAAGCAUGAGCGUGGGACAAGUUUUGGCGGUCUCUGAUUUUCAUCACUAUUUCUCGGAUGACGGUCUUAAUUGAUGAGUACUAAUAACGAAUCACUUUGGUUAUCCAGACACCAUUUUAGACAAGAGAAACCCUCGACUACCAAUACAAAAACUUAUUUCAUGUCUCCUACUCGAAUAGCUUCUUCUUGUUAUUUAUUGUUUAAUCAAAACUAGAAGCCAGGUCAAGACAGAGUUGGAACCGGUCCGGCAAUCCGGUUCCGGACUGGACAAGACCGGACGAAAAAUCUAACUGGUCCAGACAAAACCGAAUUUUUACCGGUUCAUAAAAUUAGAAAAUUAUAUUUGUAUUUCAAAUUUUUUCCUUAUAAAGCUAAUCUUUAUUUGUUUUUUUUU